AUCACCCUUAUCACGUUCUAUUGGCACUCUUGCUAUAAUUUUAACACCUACACGAGAAUUGGCGAAACAAAUUCUUUCAGUUCUGGAGUCUUUGAUAAAUCUACCACCAUCAAGACUUAGUGAUCGGCAUCUGACUCAUUGGAUAGUUCCUGGUUCCGUUAUAGGUGGUGAAAAAAAGCAAUCAGAGAAAGCAAGGCUUCGUAAAGGGAUAAAUAUUUUGGUCUGUACACCCGGUAGAUUAUUAGAUCACUUAUCAAAUACAAAAUCAUUUGUUGUAGACCAUUUGCGUUGGCUAGUACUUGAUGAAGCCGAUCGUCUUUUGGAAUUAGGAUUCGAAGAAACUCUUCAAAAAAUCUUGAACAUUUUAGAUGAUCGAAAAGAAAGUGUGAAUAAAUUAAAAAAUAAUUUAUUGAAUUCUCCGAUUUGGCCAAAAAAACGUCAGACUAUUCUUUGCUCAGCUACGCUUAAAGAUGAUGUUAAGCGAUUAGUUGGUUAUAGUUUAAGUAAUCCUGUAUAUGUUAGAGGAAAUGAUGUUUCUAAAGGACAAAUGUAUUCAACUCCUAAUCAGCUGAAGCAGACUUAUGUGAUAACUCCCGCAAAAUUACGAUUAGUAACUCUGACUGCAAUCUUGAAAUCAAUAUUCAAUGUUGAAAAUAAUAAAAAUACAAUGAACCAUAAGGUGAUUGUUUUUUUUUCAUGUUGUGACACUGUAGAUUUUCAUUUCGAUCUGUUUGUAAAUUCCGGAAAUUUUCAAAAAGGCAAGACAAGUAAUAUUUCGGAAAAUGUUAUUAAAUUGAAUAUGGACACUGUUGAAGAAUAUCAUGGAGAAUCGAAUUCUAAAUCGAAGGAACUACGUUCUCUGAGCACGAUGAUUCCAAAUGUAAGGCUUUUUAAAUUACAUGGUGAUUUAUUGCAACGAGAUCGUACAACAACAUUUGAUGAAUUCAGCAAGUCAAAAUCUGGAGUACUGUUUUGCACGGAUGUUGCGGCGCGUGGUCUAGAUCUUCCUAAUGUAGCAAAAAUCAUUCAAUAUGAUCCACCAACAGAUUUAAAGGAUUAUGUUCAUCGUGUUGGAAGAACUGCAAGAUUAGGAAAACAAGGAGAUGCUAUAUUGUUUUUGCUACCAAGUGAGAUCGAGUAUAUUCAUGUGUUAAGAUCACAUGAAAUACAUGCUGAACCUGUACAAGUAGAAACAUUAUUGGAAAACCUUGUGCCUAUAAAUGAAAAUAAGGAUUAUAAAGUAAUAGCUACGGAUAUUCAGUUAGGAUUUGAAAAUUAUGUUCAUUCUGAUACCAAGUGUAUUAUGUUAGCACGAAAAGCAUAUUCAUCGUUUAUACGUUCGUAUGCUACACACUCAGCAUCAGAAAAACAUAUUUUCCAUGUGAAAAAAUUGCAUCUUGGUCAUAUUGCAAAGGGGUUUGGACUUCGAGAAGCACCAUCAAAUAUUAAUUCCAGCAAUUCCAAAACUGAUCUUAAUUCAUCUAACAGUAAAAAUAUGAAAAUGAAGAAAAAUGAUGAAAAGAGGUUGGAUGCUAAACUAAGAAAUUUAUCGUUGAAGAGGAUGGCAGAGGAGGAUGCUAACAAUGAAUUCACAAUCGGAAGUUAUAGCUCUCUAUUGGGACCUACUACAAAACGGAAAAGAAAGAGUGAUCAAAUUAAGUGA